CUGCCAAGUUAUAAAUCAUGGAGAAAGCUCUUCGGCUUUUUGAAUUUGAUUCCAUCCCUCCUCUCAAUUAAUCUCAUUCAUAACAAUGGUGAGGACGAAGAUCUCGGGCUUUGUUGCCCUCGUCGCUCUGACGCUUCAAGCAAGUGCCAUUGUCGUGCCACGCCAUUUGGAGGUCCAUGAAAAGCGAGAAAGUUUACACCCGAGAUGGAUGAAAAGAGAUCGUGUCGAGUCACACAAGUUAUUGCCUAUGCGAAUUGGCUUGACACAGAGCAAUCUCGAUGAUGGUCAUGAUCAUUUAAUGAGAAUGUAAGUGCCAGAGCCUCUAUUCACUUAAGACAGCAGAGGUUAAUCGGUUCCAUAUAGAUCUGACCCUGCAUCUCCAUAUUUUGGACAACACUGGACGGAGGAAGAAGUCAUCGAGGCUUUCCGUCCCAAUCAAGAAACAGAAGAUGAAGUUCGGAAAUGGCUGGUGGAUUCCGGUAUUCCAGCUGGACGAAUUACUCAUUCAGAUAACAAAGGAUGGUUCGCAUUCUAUGCGACUGCUGAAGAAGCAGAAAAUUUACUGUAUACCGAGUACCAUGAGUAUGAGGAUUCAGUCACCGGUGGUGUUAUGCCGUCAUGCGAGGCUUAUCAUGUUCCCAAGAAUAUCCGAAGACACAUUGAUUACAUCAGUCCUGGCAUCAAACUUCUUGCGCCAAUUGAACAUUCAAAAAAUAAGUUGAAGCGAAACGCCGAAGUGUUAGAGCGCGAACUUUCUAAAAGAAACACACACGGGCUACUACGGGAUGCUAAGCACAAGCACAACGGUACCAGUGCCACCGAUUUGAGUACUUGUGAUAUUGCUAUCACUCCAGCUUGUAUCGCUGCGCUUUACCAUAUUCCACCUGCGACUUUGUCUCAUCCAAACAAUUCCAUGGGUAUCUUUGAGUCAGAGCUACAGUUCUAUACGCAAAACGAUCUAGAUUUGUUCUUCACAAAUUUCACGAAAAAUAUUCCAAACGGUACACAUCCAAUCCCAGCAAACAUCGACGGUGGAAUGCAAUCAACCACUGAUCCUUAUUACGCUGGUGGUGAAGCGAAUCUCGACAUUCAACUUGCUUAUCCAAUUAUUUACCCACAAAAAAUCACUCUCUAUGAUGUCGAUGACUACAUUGUUCAAGCAAACCAAAAUGAUACCUACACAUUUGGAUUCAACACCUUUUUGGACGCACUAGAUGGAGUAAGUUAAUUUCCACCUCGAAUUCCGGGAACAAUCAAUUAACAUUUUCCAGUCAUACUGCAACUUCACGGCCUACAACGAGACUGGCAAUGAUAAGUACUUGGAUCAAGCCUAUCCUGACACUCUAACUGGAGGAUGGCAAGGCUCCCUCAUGUGUGGUACCUUCACUCCCACCAACGUGAUUUCCCUAUCAUACGGUGGGCAAGAAUCCGACCUCCCAAUUGCAUAUCAAAAGCGACAAUGUCUUGAGUACUUGAAACUAGGUCUCCGAGGAGUAUCUUUCCUUUACGCUUCUGGUGAUUCCGGCGUUUCCAGUAAGUUCCAAAUUCGACUCUAUGGAUACAAUUUUCCUUUUUUCCGCUCCAAAAAUAACAUAAACCUCCAGACUAUCCGGGUGAUAUUGACGGGCCAACCGGUUGCAUUGGUCCAGAUCUCAACGUCUUCAAUCCCACCUGGCCUGGUACCUGCCCCUACGUAACCUCCGUCGGCGCCACAAAAGUGUAUCCCGGCUAUACCGUCAACGAUCCCGAAUCCGCUGUUUUCGAUCCCGCCGGCCACCCAUACUCCGUAAACUAUUCGUCCGGAGGCGGUUUCAGUAACAUCUAUCCGAUCCCGGAUUAUCAAGCUAAAUUUGUUGCAAAUUUUUUCCAUAAACAUAACCCGCCUUAUCCUUAUUACAGCGCCUUGAGCAACGACGCGAAUGGUACCCAAAUAUUGCCUGAUAUUGGUGCUUUGGUCGGUAAAACUGGGGGUAUUUAUAACAGGAUUGGAAGAGGUAUUCCUGAUGUAGCUGCUAAUGGAGAUAAUAUCGCUGUAAGUCUCUUAUACCUACUCUGAUAUAUCGCCAUCUUUCUGACCUAGUAUUUAGAUAUACAAUGGCAACCGUUUCGAGCUCAGCGGAGGCACAUCAGCUAGUACGCCUAUCUUCUCGGCGGUCAUCAACCGUAUCAACGAAGAGAGAAUUAAUGUUGGGAAGAAACCAAUUGGUUUCUUGAAUCCAUCGUUAUAUGCUAAUCCGAGCAUGUUGAACGAUAUCGUUAAUGGAACAAAUCCGGGAUGUAACACGGUUGGAUUUUCGGCGGUUCCUGGGUGAGUUUUUCUUCUUCUCUUCUCUUUUUAUGCUGUACUGUGUGUGAUGGGAUGAAUAUGAUAUAGAAUAAAAUACUAACAAUUAAUAGAUGGGAUCCAGUAACUGGUCUUGGUACACCUAAUUACCCGAAGAUGUUGAAAUAUUAUUUGGGAUUGCCAUAGUGUGGUUUUAUGAAUAUUUACCUACCUAGGUAGCCAUGGGAUGAUUUUUGGCAGGAUUAUGACGAGUUAUUCGGAUUUGAUCAAUGUUAUCAAUGUUAUGAAUAUUAUGAAUAUUUAGACUUAAAAAAUCAUGACUCGUAUUCAA